CAAAUCCAAGCACCAGUGCUCUCAGCCCUCUCUACCAAUUCAAGCCGCUCCGCUCCUCUCGAGCAGCUCCGAAGCAGCCAUGUCCGGGCGAGGGAAGGGAGGUAAGGGGCUCGGCAAGGGCGGCGCCAAGCGCCACCGGAAGGUGCUACGCGACAACAUCCAGGGCAUCACCAAGCCGGCGAUCCGGCGCCUGGCGAGGAGGGGCGGCGUGAAGCGCAUCUCCGGGCUAAUCUACGAGGAGACCCGCGGCGUCCUCAAGAUCUUCCUCGAGAACGUCAUCCGCGACGCCGUUACCUACACCGAGCACGCCCGCCGCAAGACCGUCACCGCCAUGGACGUUGUCUACGCCCUCAAGCGCCAGGGCCGCACCCUCUACGGCUUCGGCGGCUGGUUCUCUAUGGUCGUACCAAAGAGUGAGAAGAAAAUUUUAGGUGCUGAUUUGGCAAAGAAACCUGCUUAUGUUAGUGUUUCUGUGCCGGAGAACGAUGCCAAAGCAGUUCAACAUGUUCCUGAUGCUAUCAGAAGCAAAGCUAUUUCUGGUGGAACCCUUCUUACUAAGAAUUGGGACACUGAGCAAGUGUUCCCAUUGUCAGAUAAUCUUUUGACCAAGCCUGAAGCAAGUGCAUACAAUUCAAGCCCCUUGUCAAUAUCUACCCAUAGAAGACGUCUGAGAAGUAGGUGGGAGCCUGUUCUGGAGGGAAAGGUGAUGCCGAUGUUCAAGGACCAGAAGAGAUAUCAUGGGCUGGUCAAUCCGCUCGUUAAGAAGGCAUACCCGGCCAAGGCGUUGAACCAAGUGGUUGCCAUGGCGCCAAUGUGCUUGCAAACCCAAAGGACACGCGAGGACGAUGGAGCGAAAUCGAAUUGUCAGAAAGGAAAAGCAAAAACACGGCGGCAGUGGGGCGGCCAAAAAUUUCGAGACGGCGCGCACGGACCGAAAUUUGAGAUCUUCUCUCCAAUCGACCGAUCCGCGUCUCUCGCGACGUCAUCGAUCCGCGGCAGCUACACCAGGAUCGCCAUCUUUAGCCGUCCAUUCCAUCCGCAUCGAACGACUGGCACGGUGCUCGUCCCACCCCUCGUCUCCCUUUUAAACCCCGUUCCCCCCUUCAACCAAAAUCCCACCAAAUCCAAGCACCAGUACCCAGCCACCUCCUCUCUCGCGCAGCUCCGAAGCAAAAGGGGAUCAGCAGCCAUGUCUGGCCGCGGCAAGGGAGGGAAGGGGCUCGGCAAGGGCGGCGCCAAGCGCCACAGGAAGGUCCUCCGCGACAACAUCCAGGGCAUCACCAAGCCGGCGAUCCGGCGCCUGGCGAGGAGGGGCGGCGUGAAGCGCAUCUCCGGGCUCAUCUACGAGGAGACCCGCGGCGUCCUCAAGAUCUUCCUCGAGAACGUCAUCCGCGACGCCGUCACCUACACCGAGCACGCGCGCCGUAAGACCGUCACCGCCAUGGACGUCGUCUACGCCCUCAAGCGCCAGGGCCGCACCCUCUACGGCUUCGGCGGCUAAUCGUCCCUCCCGCCCAAUCGUCCGUGUUGCCUCGCCAUGGCCCCCACCGGUCUCGCAGAGGCGAAACUGCUGUUUAUUUGCCAAGUUUGUUCAUUCAGUACUAGUUGUAGGUUGAACAAUGCAGCUUGUAGCUCUAUAUGAGCCCAGAUUUGGAAUUCGAAAUCAAAUAUAUUGUCUA